AUGGCAGAUGAUGAAAACUCAUCGACCGAUGAACCACCAACAAUAAAGUCGGUGGCUUCGGAGAAGGAGCAUCGUCGUGAAUCCUUGUGGAUGGCUAUGGGAAUCAGAUCGCCUCAGGAAGAAGAGGUUUUGAAAAGAGCUCAAAGCUUAAGAACCAGACGGCUGUCGUUGAAACAAAGACAGGAAACCAUCGAUGAAAUCACGAAAGCGGCCGGGACUGCCAGUUUGGAGGAUUUGGGUAAGUGA